GGAAGACGCCGAAUAUCGGCGUCACAUUCUUAGUAAAAAAAAAACCCUGCUUCUAACUUUAACAAAUAUACAUUUAACUACACCAUAAAAUAUUCUAAUUGCAAAUCGUCUUUAACAUUCUGAAAUCUGUCCGUAAACAAUGAUUGGGAAAGCAAACUACUUUUAUUUCAUGUGUACCGUAAAUAUGCGUGACGCCCCGAAAGACGCUAGGAAAAUUCGUUCUUUUGCAGACUGUUACAAGGUCCCCACUGUCAUACAAGUGCCCAUGGCGUCUUCAAAUGCGGGUUUGCCACUUAUAAUUAAAUGAUUAUUUUUUGAGUUCUGUUAUACAAGUUGUGGAUAAGACGGAGAACUUAUUUCCUUACAGAGUUUAAGAGUUUCAGUGUUUUCAAUAUUGUCCCAGCUUGUAAUUUGUUGUUCCUUUGCGCAAAUAAAUAAAUAUACCGAUUUUAGUAAUAAAUUGUCUUCGAGAAAAACCUGUAUUAGUUUUUAUCGUAGAGUUGUAUAUAAUAUAUGGAGUUAUUACAAUAUUUGUAAUUUGAGAAGAGGAUUGCGGCUGUAAAUUGAUUUAUAAAACAGGGGUAUCACUGUGCAUAUAUUUCAAUUUUUAUUUUUGUCGAAAUUUAAGUAAGACACAUUACAAAAAUCGAACACAUUGCAAACUGCGGGUCUGUGUCCAUUUGCCUGAACAAAUCAUUUGAACAGGCCGUAUGUGGUAUUUUAAUAUGUUAUAUCGUACAAACAACCGGAAAACCAAAGGCAUGCCGUUGUCCCUAUGUUUAGGCACGUAUACCUGCUAUUCUAUCUGUCACACCAUGUAAUAGCCUUUAUUAAUAUAAACGGAAUAAACUGUCUGACAACAAUAAAUGACCUCCAAAAUAUAAAUAAAAUGACUUAAUUAAAAACUCGUGCAAUUUAAAAAACAGGGUGUUUAUUCAUCAAAAAUGCUAGAAAUUCAUGUAAGUUUAUGAUUGAUUGUGUAAUAACAGACGUUAAUACUGGAUAAAAUUAUCAUGUGAUUCAAAUAUUCCACUUUCAUUUCAGGAAAAAAUAGUAAAAAUACCAUCUUGUAAGCCAGACUUUAUAAGUGUGUCACGUUACCUUAUGUUUCAUUCAGAAUCAGAGAUACAUGUAACAACGUUAAUCAUCAAAUGGUCUUCGAAUAUUCACUCAGCUUUUAUAGCAUAUAAUAUGUAAAGAAUUGUGUUGUAUGAAUUGUCCUUUAUUUUACAGUUACGUUAACUAGUAUGAAAUACAGACUUGCGGAUGGUAACAAGAAGUUCUUGUAUUAUAAUGUUAUUGAUUAUUCUAAAUAUCACGUUAUUUAAUCAUGUUUUAACUAAACACAUAUGCACGUGAUUCAUGUAAUCAUCGAUAUUUUCGCGAUAUUCCAAUCAUGCAUGCGAAUAAGUUUUGAAAACGAUUUGGGUUUUGUUGCAUUUUGCGCCGUUUUCAGGCACAACAAAAGUAAAAUACACUUUUCGUUGACAGGAUUAUAUUAGCGGCUCUUAGUGCACCAUUUACAUACUGUGUUGUGAAUAAAUAUUUUGAUUUUAAAUCAUACUUAAUUUACACUUAUAUAAAAGUGUACACAAAUUUACUUUGGAAAUCCUUACUUAUCUCUAUCAUGUUAAGGGGUGCAAUAUUGUACAAUAAUAAUAGUUUUGCAACAAUAAGACAUUGUGUCACGCCAUCAGUCAGUUCCACAAAAGCAAGUUAAUCUGGAAAAAAUGGCACCCCUCAGUUCCAAAUAAUACAUUUUAAGAUUGGUAGUACAAAUACAUUUCUGUGUUAAAUGACUCUUGUUUAACAGUUCAAAUUGCUAAUCACAUAUUCGCCUACAUUGGUUGAACAGACGGUGCCCGUUUUUUAAUAAUAUGAAAAAGAUGCAAAAAGUAAGAAGUUGGUGGAAAAUACCUCAAACAGUGAAAGGCAAUUGAAUUGGUCAGAUUGGUAAAGGCAUGUUAAAGCAAAUAGGGUUUCAGGGAUUUCUAGCGAACACAUACUUGUUGAGAAACAGAAAGCAUGUUACAGUUUAUGAAAACAACAGAUAAAGACAAAAAUUAGCUAUCAAAAUUGAUAAACAUAAAUGUCAAUGGAUGCACAUAGCUCUCGCUGAUAGUUUUGCAUCAUAUUAAAAGUGAACAGUCGAUUUUAUAACGAAAAAUGCAUUUUUAUAAAUAUGUAUAUUCUAAAACGAGUGGAAUCAUCAAGAGCUAUGGCAAAAAUGUUACGAUACUAAAAAACGAUGUUUUUGUUUUCCGUAAACCGCCCGGGUAAUUCCGCCACCUAUUUUGGUUGUGACGUCACAGGCACUCAACGCGCAUGAAUCGGAAACUCGUCCAUUGUUAUUACGAAUCGAAGCGUGAACACUUCGCGCUUAAUGUCAAAUUUGACGCUCAAUAGAUGUAUCACGUAAGCAUAAACAAUUCUUUUACACAAGUUUUAUUGAAAUCGUGUGAUUUUUUUCUGUAUUUUUUGCAUGACAAUCGUUAUUCGAUAUGGUUCAGUGUGUUGCUUUCGGGUGCAAAGAACGUGAGGAAAAGGGAAAGAAGGUUUUUUCCGUUUUCCGAAGGAUGAUGUUACUUGUAAGAAAUGGAUAAAGGCAGUCAAUUCCAGGAGAGUAAUCGAUGGGAGACUGGUUGAUUUCAAACCGAGUAAGGCAUCUAGAUUGUGCUUGAAACAUUUUGACGACAGUUUUUUUUCAUCCUCCAAGUGUUAUGGCUAGUGUUGGAAUGGAGUUAAAGCUCAAGCUCAAAGCAGGUGCAAUUCCAACGAUAUUUCCGGAAACAGAGGCAUACAAAGCUUCAAAGAAAGCUCCACUAAAUCCCAACGACCUUGGACCAGGGAAGCACAACCGAGCGAAGUAUGGCGCCUAUUCUAAAAGGAACCAGAAACCGGACCCAUAUUCAUCAUGUGUGGAAGAGCCAGAUGUCUGUGAAGAAAUGUCUAGUGAACAGUCGCCUGUUCGGAUCAGUGAUCCUGAAUCACAUUUUGAUAAUGUGUAUUCGCAGUCAUCACAGACAUCUGAGACUACAUCUUGCUGCUUUGCAUUCCGUGGCAAAUGCAAACCGCAAGCAGGCUGAGACCAGACAAGGGGAAAAAAGAUACAGACUCUCCUAUCCUAAGUACAAGGCUGGACACCAUGUGGUUAAAGCAGUUAAAGAUAAUUGCACUUAUGACUAAGUUGAUGAACUAAUGGCAGAGCUGCUUAGGAUGAAAGAGGAGUACAAGAGCGAUGCCAAUGCAAGGGCUGCCUCUGGCAACAUUCUGUUUUCACCGCCACCCCUGUCUUCAUCUGCAAACAGAAUCCUGAAGUCAGAGGCUGUGCAGAACCAUCGUUCGCGAUUUAAUUAGCGAACAGGGAUGGAAAUUAGUGGUUGCCCGUUUUGUUGUAUAGUUAUCUAUUACUUUUAAAGAAAGUAUUGGUUACACAUGACACUACAUGUACAUAGUACUGGGCGCGUUAAGGCUUACGAUGGGAAACCAAAACACUAUAGAUGGUUGUCCAUGUGGGAAACCAACUGUAAAACGUUAGUUUCCAUCCCUGGCGAAGCAAAAUCCAAUGUAUGAGUCGGACGGAAAUCUCUGGCGAAUGGCUGCCACAGCACUUGACGGAAGAGGUCGUCGGUCCUUCUUGCUCAGACGGUGCCAAAUCCAACGAGCCAGAGUCUGUAUACUCUGAAGUUAUAAAUGUAUAAGGAUACCAUUAUGAUAAAUAUUAGUAUGUUUAGUAAAACAAAGGUACUUUUCAACCUGACAAUUACACAAGCCAUGCUGAAGCAGAUUCUUACUUAAGUUUACAGUUUAACAAACUUAUUCAGCUUGAAUAUAAUAUUAUAUAAUAUAUAUUUUACUGAAAAUAUGUCAGAAAUCAGAUUUUGUAAGCAACUUCACAUCAUGUUGUAGCAGGUUGUUUUUGUAGUGUACUUUUGAAAAAAUUAAACAGCUUGUAUUUAUAUUUUUAUUUCAAAUGUUGAAAAAUAAUAAUGAACUAGCAUUUGUAAGUAACCAAAAAUCAUUGUGUAGCAAAUUGAUACUUCAUUUGACAAUUAGAUAACCCAGUCAUCUUGUAUACACGCGUAUUUUAAUGUUGAUUAAAAUUGUUGUCUUUUUUAUGUUAAUUUUAUUAUUUGUAUCAAAACAUAUUUACAGUA